AGUACUUAAGGGGAUAUAGAUGCGGCCGGCGUGAUCUCCACGGAUGGAUUGACGAGUCGGGUGCAUCCGUCGCAACGAUGCCAUUAUCAAACUUUCCUGGAUCCCCACGAACGCAGCAACUGACCUCGAUACCGCCAUGAAGAUCUCGUUCUUUUCGGUCCGCAAGUAUGACAAGGAGUCGAUCAUCCAAGUGCACGAAACCCUCGGCCUCAACCAUGAAUUGCAAUUCUUUUCCCAUCGCUUGAAGCCAGAGACGGCGUUGCUCGCGGACGGGAGUGACAUCGUCGUGAUCUUCGUCAACGAUACGGCCAACGAAGUUGUGAUCCGAAAGUUGGUGUCACUCAAGGUAAAAGCCCUGCUGCUGCGAUGCGCUGGCUUCGACAUGGUGGACCUCGCGGCCGCAAAGGAAGUUGGUCUCCCCGUGCUUCGCGUGCCGGCGUAUUCCCCGUACGCGGUCGCCGAACACGCCGCGGGCCUGAUGAUGACUUUAAACCGCAAGUACCAUCGCGCGUACAAUCGCACGCGUGAAUUCAAUUUCAACCUCCAAGGGCUGCUGGGUUUCGACCUGCACGGCAAGACUGUGGGUGUCAUUGGGACGGGCAAGAUCGGCGUCUUGUUCGGCAAAAUCUGCCUCGGAUUUGGAUGCAACGUGAUUGCGUACGACGUGUACGAGAACGACGAAGCCAAGGCGCUCGGGAUGAAGUACGUGUCGCUCGAUCAGCUCCUCGAGACGUCGGACAUCAUUUCGCUUCAUUGCCCGCUCUUUCCCACGACCAAGUACAUGAUCAACGAGUACACGAUCCGCCAAAUGAAGAAAGGUGCGGGUGUCCGUCUUGGUGGCCAGGGGAGCACAUCAGCUAUGUGAUGUGUAGGCGUGAUGCUCAUCAACACGAGCCGCGGCGGCCUCUUGAACACGACAGCGAUUCUCCAAGGUCUCAAGAGCGGCCAAAUCGGAUCGCUGGCCCUCGACGUCUUUGAAGGUAUAAACUCGACCAGACGAGGUGGGGACGUAGGUGCGCUGACAAUGAUGGGGUGUAGGUGAAAACGACAUCUUCUACGAAGAUCACUCGGGUGAAAUCCUCGCGGACGAGCAGUUCACCAAGCUCAUGACGUUCCCGAACGUGCUCAUCACGGGCCACCAAGCGUACUUCACGAAGGAAGCGCUGGACAACAUCGCCAAGACCACGUUCGACAACGUCGACGCCGUCGCGACCAACGGGCCGUUUGUGAACGAAGUUAAGAAGUAGUAGGCGACGGCUCUUGCGUAGUAAUACUAUUAGUAGCCCACGCGUUCAAACUUCGAGA